AACAAAUUAUACAUCAUUCAUACAUUCAUAUUUUAUACACAUACACUCCCCAAAACCCAAAACUUAAUAAAGCACUAGAAUUCAUUGUUUUCUUAUUUAAUUAAAAACAUGAAUUUGGGUCCAUCUUCAAUCCUUCUUCUUCUAUUAACAUUCUUCACAAUCUCAGCCCUUCAACCACUAAGUUUAGCCCAAAACUGUGGGUGUGCGCAGGGGCUCUGCUGCAGCCAGUGGGGCUACUGCGGCACCGGCGACCCCUACUGCGGCGUGGGGUGCAGGGGAGGGCCGUGCUACUCCUCCACCCCCGCCGCGCCGAGCGGCGGCGGCGUGGUCACCGAUGCCUUCUUUAGCGGGAUAGCGAACCAGGCUGCUUCCGGUUGCGAGGGGAAGGGGUUCUACACCAGAGCCUCCUUCCUUAAAGCUACGGCGGCGUACCCCAAGUUCGGAACUGCGGGGUCCGCCGACGACUCUAAGCGGGAAAUUGCAGCGUUCUUCGCCCACGUUACCCAUGAAACCGGACACAUGUGUUACAUCAACGAGAUAAACGGCGCAUCGGCGAACUACUGCGACAGCAGCAACACCCAGUACCCCUGCGCCGCCGGCAAGCUCUACUACGGCCGCGGCCCCAUCCAGCUCUCCUGGAACUUCAACUACGGCCCCGCCGGAAAGAGCAUCGGCUUCGACGGCCUCAACAACCCCGACGCCGUCGCCGCCGACCCCGUCAUCUCCUUCAAGACCGCCCUCUGGUUCUGGAUGAACAACUGCCACUCCCUCCUCGCCGCCGGCCAGGGCUUCGGCGCCACCAUCCGCGCCGUCAACGGGAGGCUGGAGUGCAACGGCGCUAAUCCGGCGACGGUGGCCAAGAGGGUCCAGUACUACACCGAUUAUUGCCGGCAACUCGGGGUCGACCCGGGGAACAACCUCACUUGUUAAUUACUUCUAUUUGGAAUGUCCCUUGACCGGCCCGGACCGGUUAUACAUUAUUAUAUGUACGUUUAAUUUAAAUAAAGAAAAUAUUGUCAUUUGUUUUUAUAAAGAAUAAAACAUUAAUAGACAAUACUCCUUUUGUCUCAAAUGUAUUCGUCUAGUUUGAUUUUUUAGAGUCGCGGUGAACAAACAUUAAUUAUCAAUUGCUCUAAAUAUAUAUUGUGUAUUACAUCGUCUUAAACAAAUAUUGUAUAUUACU